AUGUUCCUCUACUUGUUGUACUUUCUAGUCCUAUAUGCCAUGACCAAACACUUUCUCAACAAGAUCCAAAACCUACCACAAAGCCCUUUUCCCGUCCUUCCCAUAAUAGGCCAUCUCUACCUUUUCAAAAACCCCCUCCAUCGAUGUCUCUCCAAACUAUCCGACCGGUACGGUCCUAUACUUUUCCUCCAGUUCGGCUCUCGACCGGUCCUCCUCGUCUCCUCUCCAUCUGCGGCCGAGGAAUGCCUAACAAAAAACGACAUCAUCUUCGCCAACCGUCCUCAUUUACUCGCUGGGAAACACCUCGGAAACAACUACACAAACCUCACGUACGCCUCCUACGGGGACCACUGGAGAAACCUCCGCCGAAUAGCAACCCUCGAAAUUCUGUCCUCGCAUCGCGUCCAAAUGCUCUCCCACAUACGCGCCGAUGAGGUUCGCUCGCUGAUCCGACAGCUCCUGCGCUCUGAUCAGAAUCAGGCGGUGGAAAUGAAGCCGCUAUUUCUCGAGCUGAUGCUGAACAACAUGCUGAGAAUGGUCGCUGCCAAGCGUUACUAUGGUGAGAGCGUUGAAGAUAUUGAGGAAGCCAAGAAAGUUCAUAAGAUCGUGACUGAUGGAAAUCUUUUGGGCGGAACGUCGAAUAUUGGUGAUUUUUUGCCGUUACCGAAAUGGAUUUUUAGUGGAGGGGAUGUGAAGAGUUUGAUUGAGCUGCAGAAAAAGAGAGUGAGUUUCAUGCAAAGCCUUAUUGAAGAGAGGAGGAAAAUAUUGACAAGCCACGGAAGUUCAAUCUCUGAAGAGAUGAAGACGAAAUGCAUGAUUGACGUUUUAUUGUAUCUGCAAGAAUCGGAUCCUGAGUCUUAUUCGGAUGACAUUAUCAGAGGACUCAUGCAGACUUUAAUUACCUCAGGAACAGAUUCUUCAGCUGGAACCAUGGAGUGGGCAAUGUCCUUAUUGCUGACCAACCCAGAAGUUCUGAAAGAGGCACAAAAUGAAUUGGAUCAUUGCGUAGGACAUGAUCGCCUAGUUAAUGAGUCUGAUUUGCCUAAACUUUCAUAUCUUCAUUGUAUUAUAAAAGAGACAACGCGGUUGUAUCCUGCCGGUCCGUUGAUACCGCAUGAAUCAUCAGAAGAGUGCACAGUAGGCGGUUUUCGCAUACCACGUGGCACCAUACUAUUGAUUAAUUUAUGGGCCAUACAACAAGAUCCGAAGCUAUGGGACGAGCCAACCAGAUUUAAGCCGAAGAGGUUUAAACAAAGUGAAGGGGUGAUGAGAGAUGGAUUCAAAUACAUGCCUUUUGGGUCCGGGAGGAGGGGUUGUCCUAGUGAGAAUUUAGCCAUGCGUAUGCUAGGACUAACUUUGGCAUCACUAAUUCAGUGUUUUGAGUGGGAAGUGGGGAGCGAGAAGAUAGACAUGACAGAAAAGUUAGGAAUCAGCUUGUGCAAGGCUAAUUCGUUACAAGCUAAGUGCCGACCACGUCCAAUUAUGGCGAAUGUCCUUUAUCGAAUAUGA